AUCCAGUACAGCGUAUUCUCGUGGUUGAUUACAACACAUGGAAGACAGAGCUUUCUGAUCAAUUCUGCACACUGACAUAUGAUGAGGUGUCAGUGUUAUUCUGUUUUCUGUGUUCUGACUCCGGUCCUCCUGACUUCACUGACACAGAGUGGCUGGACCUGCUUAACGGGAUACGACAGUUAGCGCACCGUAUAAAAUAUAAUCCUGUAACACGUGAGGAAGCACAGCAGACUCUGGACAGACUGAAGUCACGUGAUUACCUUUGGGAAGACCAGGACAAGAUAACGGAGGACACAAAGGAUGAGACAAUGUAUAAGAUAGCUUCAAUAAAGAGUUAUAUACCAUUCUAUUGCAGUAGUUAUGACACAGCCAGUGUGUACCUGAGAUCACGGGGAUACAACGGAGAACCUGGAGAGAAGUGUGUCUGUGGUGUCUGGUAUGUCUGUGAUUCCUUACUGAUACGCCGUCUACAGAUGAACAUACUGACUCACGUCACCAUGGAGGACACUGAUAUAUAUGAUGAGAUACACCAGAUAUUGAACAUUCCAGUAAAUAAUGUUAUGAGCAGCAAAGAUAAACGAGAAGAGUUUCUAAACGAUCUAAAAAAGGAAGGGGAAUCUGUAAACAGCAGGAAACCAACACAUGACAGUGUAGAUCACGUGACGUGGCUCUGGAGAUACGGGAGACCUGACAUCGUGAGAUCCUGUAUAGGUCUACAUCCACACUGGGACAUUUACAUCAUCGACAACAAAGCUUACAGAAAACCAAGUAAAUACCAUAGCUAUCAGCCAAUAGUCCGAUGUCUACUGUACUGCUUACUGUUUACUGAGAAAUAUCAGCUGAAUCUCAAUGACAAAUCACAAAAAACCACAAUGGAAAAAAUCAGAGACCAAUAUUUCCAAAUGGUUACUGCAGGAAGCUCAGUAGAUAUGCCAGAGGAAAUCACAGAAACACAUAAUGAUGUGAUAACAUUUAAAUCAGACGACAUCAGACAUGAUGUCAUGUACGCCUUUGUUACGGAGUGUUUGGUGGAGGACAGUGAUCUGGAGUUUUUCCUGACCACGGCGUCACGUGAUGUGAUAUAUGAAUACUGCAGACUCUUAUGA